UUACACACGAGUAAAAGACAAUAGAUGAUGAAACCAGUUCCAAGGCUUCGGCUGUUCAUCUCAGUUACUUUUGUGUUAUGUCUGUUCGUUGUGUUUCAAAUCCAUAAAUCAGAUUUGUUCGGAAAAAAUCUCCAAAUCACUCAUCAAGUUAACAACUUCUUCAUAUCCAUCGCUUCUUCUUCACACCAUCAAACCCAAAACCUCACCAAAUAUUCCAACGAGAGUGAUGGAAACAGAGCAAAACAGCCCGAGUCACAAGCAACAGAUACUUGUGCCGGAAGGUACAUAUAUAUGCACGAUCUUCCAAGCAUAUACAACGACGACAUCAUCAAAGACUGUCGACCACUCAUCAAAUGGUUUGAUAUGUGUCCCUUCAUGGUCAACUCCGGUCUCGGUCCCCAGGUUUUAGAGCACGCUAACAAGACAGCUCAAGUCUUAACCACCGAAACCGGUUCUUGGUACUCAACAAACCAGUUUUUGCUAUCGGUUAUCUUCCGUGAGAGGAUGAAACACUACGAGUGUUUGACGAACGAUUCAUCUCUAGCCUCAGCGAUCUACAUCCCAUACUACCCGGGAUUCGACGUGAGCCGUCACCUCUGGGGAUACAAUACAACAGUUAGAGACGCACUGGCGACAAAGCUGUCUCGGUGGCUUAGAGAGAGACCCGAGUGGAGGAAAAUGCACGGUCGAGACCACUUUUUUGUAGCCGGACGGAUCGGUUGGGACUUCAGGAGAUGUCCGGAAGAUUCAGAGUGGGGAAGCAACCUGAUGUGCCUGCCAGAAUUUUCUAACACGACGAUGCUAUCUAUCGAAACCACUGCUUGGACCAACGAGUUUGCGGUUCCUUAUCCGACUUACUUCCAUCCAAAGAGCUUAACCGAGGUUCGGAUGUGGCAGAAGAAAGUCAAGAGUGUGAAGAGGAGACACUUGUUUUGUUUCGUUGGAGCACCAAGGCCGACCCUAGAUGGAUCCAUCAGGGGAGAGAUUAUAAACCAGUGCCUUGCAUCUCACGGUAAAUGCAAGUUUCUUAACUGUAAUGAACCAGGUAACGAUUGUGAUAAUCCGGUUAAGAUAAUGGAUGUGUUUCAACGUUCGGUUUUCUGUUUACAACCUCCUGGGGAUUCAUAUACUCGAAGAUCGAUAUUUGAUUCGAUUUUGGCCGGUUGUAUACCGGUUUUCUUCCAUCCCGGUUCGGGUUAUAAGCAGUAUAUGUGGUAUUUUCCUAAGGAUUAUACCAGGUUUUCGGUUUACAUACCGGAGAAUGAAAUGAAGAAUGGAACGGUGAGUCUCAGGGAUUUGUUGGGUAGGAUUGAUAAGGAGAGUGUUUUGAGGAUGAGGAACGAGGUUGUGAAGAUUAUACCGAGGAUAGUAUACAGUAAACCGGGAUUGGUUGGACCAGAGAAGAUUGAUGAUGCCUUUGACAUUGCAGUUGAUAGGGUUAUUGAGAGGGUAGCAAUGGUUAAGAGGAUGAUGGGAGAAGGAAAAGAUCUUCAGAGUGAGUAUUCGCAAACAAGGGAUUUGAAGAAACUUGAGUGA